AGUUUUCUACCUCAACAUCAGUGAACUGUUGCUGCAAAUCGCACAUAGGUUACAGUGUUAUCAACCUUUUGCUGAGCAUAUCAAAUAUUCUGUGUUUUGUAGAAGACGAAUUUUGUGAUUUCAAAUCUGAAGAUGAAAUUUUCGGAGGAAUAUUCUAUCGACGAACGAAAUUGCAUUGCACGUAAUUUCCAACGUUUGAAAGACAUUCAUUAUCUCGACCAUGCUGGUGCCACUCAAUAUGCCGAACAGCAAAUGCAACAGGUUUAUUCGAAUUUGGUGUCGAACGUUUAUUGCAAUCCACACACCAGCAAAAUGACUGAAGACCUCAUCGACCAAGUGCGAUACAAAGUUUUGGAAUGGUUUAACACAACAUCCGAUGAAUAUUCCGUCAUAUUUACAAGUGGUGCAACGGCUUCACUCAAAUUGGUAGCGGAAACGUUUGAUUUUGAUGACGAAAAUACCGGUUCUUUUUUGUAUUUACAAGAUAAUCAUACGUCCGUGCUUGGAAUGAGAGAAAUUGUGAAAACAAAUAAUAUCAUUUGCGUUGAACGAGAUAAUUUUAUGAGUGGAAAGUUUCAAGGCUCUCUUAGACAAAGAGGCAAUUCACUGCUUGUGUUUCCAUCUCAGUGCAAUUUUAGUGGCUUCAAAUAUCCGUUGAGUGAAAUUCAUCGCUUUCAAACUGCCAAUGGUAGUACGUCGAUCGAGCGGUCAAAUCGCUAUGUUUGUUUGGAUGCAGCUGCUUUUGUUUCGACCAACAGUUUGGAUUUGGUUAAAUGGCGACCAGACUUUGUUUGUGUUUCUUUUUACAAACUGUUCGGAUAUCCAUCGGGACUGGGCGCAUUGAUUGUCAGCAAAAGAGGCGAACAAGUAUUGAAUAAAGCGUAUUAUGGUGGUGGAACCGUUAAGAUCAGCAUGAGCAACGGCACCGGAUGGCAUUGCAAACGUGAUUUAAUUUAUGAAAGGUUUGAGGAUGGAACUAUACCAUAUCUAUCGAUUAUUUCGCUUCUAGCGGGAUAUGAAACCAUUGAGAAACUGAUACCUGGACAGCAUAUGCAACGAAUCUCGCAACACUCGUACAAUUUGGCCAAAUACUUGUAUGAAUCUUUGCGUGAGUUGAAAUAUUCGAAUGGGCGGCACGUCGUUCGUUUUUAUCAUGAUACCGAUUUUACAUCGAUCAACGACCAAGGUGGUAUCGUUAACUUUAAUGUACUACAUGAAGAUGGAACUUUCGUCGGAUUUACAGAGGUGUCUUGCAUGGCAAAAUUGCAUAAUAUCUACUUAAGAACGGGCUGCUUUUGUAAUCCCGGAGCAUGUCAACGUCAUCUUCGGCUGUCUGACACCGAUUUGAAGUCACAUUUCAAGGCGGGUCAUAUUUGUGGCGAUAGUAACGAUCUGAUUGACGGUGUGCCAACUGGUUCGGUUCGAAUCUCUAUGGGCUAUAUGACAACGGUUGAAAAUGUUGAAGCGGUUAUCAAUCUCAUAAAAAAUUGUUUCUGCAAUAAAGAGCGUAGGAAAUAUUCGAAAUCUCUUGCUGACUCAAAUACGAAAAGUCAAAAAUCUCCGACCGCUGCUAAAUUAAAGCCUCUAAGUCUCAAAGUUGAAUCCAGAGAAAAGAAUAAAAUUCCAGUAAAUAAAGAAGUUGAUCAAACCAAGUCGGUGAAUAUUCCAAGUGAUCGUCAAAAAGUUCGAAAUCGCUCGAAUUUGUUAAGUUCCAUAAAAUUACACGAGAUUUGUAUCUAUCCGAUCAAGUCUUGUGCUCCGUUCCGUGUUGAUGGUGCAUGGAUGAUAAAUCGUCGUGGUUUGAAAUACGAUCGUGAAUGGAUGAUUGUACGUUCGACCGGAGUAGCAAUGACUCAAAAAUCAGACGCAAAAUUGUGUUUAAUACAACCGACCAUAAAUGAAGCUGACAACACGCUUUCGCUGAGUUUCCCGUAUGCAACAACCAUUCAGAUUCCAUUGCGACACGAUGUCAAUGACAAUAAAGUGGUGUCAUCGUUUUGCCAAAGUAAAGUGUGUGGUGAUCGAAUCGAUGGUAUCGAUUGCGGUGACUCGGUUGCCGAAUGGCUUGAUAAUGUCUUUUGCACUUCUGGAUUAAGAUUGAUUCAACAAAAUAUAAAUGACAAACGCACCGUCAAGAAUAACAUACCAACUGAACAGGCAAUUUCGUUGUCGAAUCAAGCGCAAUUUCUUCUGAUAAAUGUCGCUUCAGUCGAUUGGUUGACAAGGAAAGUUGAAAAUUGGAUGGAAUUAGAGGAUGUCCCGGAGAAAAUGCUCCAAAAUACCAUCGACCGCUUCAGAGCGAAUCUGAUAAUCGAAUCACCGAUACCGUUGGAAGAGUCCGAAUGGAAAUCUAUCCGCAUUGGAAAUAUCAAAUUGACAACAACUGGCCCAUGUACUCGCUGCCAAAUGAUUUGUAUCGACCAAAGUACGGGCGAAAAAACAACCGAACCAUUGCAAACGAUUGCACGAGAGUUCAGCGGAAAAAUGCGAUUCGGAAUCUACUUAUGUCAAGGCAAUGGCGAACAAUUGAAUGAUAACGACCGCGCAAUAUCAUGCGAUGAUUUUGUAGAAAUAGAAAUAUAACCACAUGAUGUUCACGAUUUUAUUUAGAUUUUUGUAUGUGUCUGAGUGGUGUGAAUAAAUACAAUAUUAUCGUUCUAAUUUAA